AUGCGCUCUGCUGACCUUCUUUAUGCUGCAGAUCUCGCUGGCCCGUAUAUAUGCGUCCUGAAAACGCAUGCUGAUGCCAUAGACGACUUUUCUCCUGCAACUGCGGCUGCUCUGCGCGCAGUUGCGCGCAAACACGCAUUUUUUCUCUUUGAGGACCGCAAAUUUGCUGACAUUGGAACGACUGUCCAACGACAAUAUGUCGGUGGAAUAUUACGUAUAGUCGAGUGGGCCGACUAUGUUGACGCACAUAUAUGUGCGGGCGAUAGUGCAGUGUGUGCACUGGCAGAUGCUGGGCGGCCAUAUGGACGCGGGUUGUUUCUUAUUGCAGAGAUGAGCACUCAGAAUGAGCUUAUUUACAGCGCCAGCAGCAAAGACAACGCUGGCAUUGAGCAGGCAUUGGGGAAUAAUAUAGACAAAGCGGAUAGCACUGCUGCUAAUCGUGUUAUCCGCAAAUUUAACAACGAUAACGAUAAAGUUAGCAAUAAGGCAGAAAUUGGUGAAAAUAAAGAUGACAGAAAAAUGUACAAAGAAUAUCAUAUUUGUAAGGGUUACAAUAGCAAUAAGCCCGAUAGACAUGUAUAUAGUGGUGGGGAGAGUUUUCCGGCAGCAGCACUGGCAGAGCGGCAUUGUGGGUUUGUUGCAGGGUUUAUUGCACAGUGGAGGCGGCCAUUGGCCAAGGAUUAUGUGUGGAUGAUGCCGGGGAUUGGCUGGGCAUCUGCCCAGAGUGACAGUGCAGAGCGUAGUGGCAGCAAUGGUGCAGAACGAGGGUGUUCUGGGGCCGUUGGGGGCGAGAUAGGGUCCCAUACGGGAGAAUUAGGGACUUCAGGACCAGGGAACGGUGAUCUAGAGGCAAUUGAGUCUCAGGAUGGCGGUGGAGAGGUCAUUGGGUCUCGGAUCAGUGAGCACAAAGUCGGAAAACACAGGACAGAGUGUGGACAGAGUGGAAUUGGCACUGGAGGCGCAGACAAGUAUGGGCAGCGGUAUAUAACGCCGGAGGAUGCAGUGCUGGAGCGGGGAGCAGAUGUGGUGAUUGUAGGGCGGGGGAUCUGUGGGACAGGCAAGGAUAUUGUGAAGGAGGCGCAGCGGUUCAGGGUAUGUGCAUGA